CAGUCUCCGACGGGAUGAUCACUCCUCUCUUCAGUGUCUGAGCCAGUUGGGCAUCGGAGACCCCGUCGUGUACUCUUUUUUCUUUGCUUUUGCCCAUUGUCGGCGUAUCGGAAAUGCAUUGUAAGGUGUCGAGGCGUUUUAUUUUUUGCCCCCUUGGCAGCACAUCGUCUGUGGUGACACACGAAGAUACUACAUAAUCUCGAGGGAGGCAACCUGGCACAUGAACAACCACAAGCGGACUUGAGCAGGACACAGACAAGCAGAACCUGGUGGAAGCAGGAUGCAAGCCGGAUGGACAGACGCAAAGUGGUUUUGCGAAUGCGCAAAGACGUGACCAUUUUUAAUCAUCAAUCAGCAUGACCUCUGGGAGGCGAGCAUGGCCUUUUUGGUUCGAACUUAGGGCAUUUUGUUUUGUGCGCGCGUGUGCUUUACGGCAUUCAUUGUUUUUCCUUUUCCUCUUGUUCUUUCACUUUGUUUCUUUCUUUGCAGACAAAUGGGGUAAACAUGUGAGGAGCGAUUGGCACAAAAAUUCGUAGCAUCCAAGUGACACACUUUGUUGCGAUCUGAGAAGCAGCAGGGAAAGGAGGGGAUCUCUCAGUAGUGGUACGGUCCUGGCCUGCAGCACACCUUUACAAGCUCAAUUAUGCCUAGAUAGUCCAAGAACCAAUGCAGCAUCCUCUCUUUGAGUUUCGUGGG